AUGGAAAAGGAACACGUGACUGCUGAAACUCUGGUGCUUGUAAAAGAUCUUCUCAGAAAAUAUCCUCAAUGGAGUCAUGACUGUAUCGCAGUUGUUGGGAAUAUCAGUAGCAAAAAUGUCCAGGAAACCAAAGCCAAGGCAGCUCUAAUUUGGAUGCUAGGGGAAUAUGCUCAAGAAAUGCAGGAUGCUCCAUACAUUUUAGAGAGUCUUAUCGAGAACUGGGAUGAGGAGCACUCUGCAGAGGUUCGUUUACAUCUUCUUACAGCAAUAAUGAAGUGUUUCUUAAGAAGGCCACCAGAGACUCAGAAGGCCCUGGGAGCUGCUUUAGCUGCUGGUCUGGCUGAUUUUCAUCAGGAUGUUCAUGAUAGGGCCUUAUUCUACUAUAGGCUUUUAAAGUACAAUGUAUCUGUAGCUGAACGAGUCGUAGAUCCUCCAAAGCAAGCUGUUUCAGUCUUUGCGGAUACUCAAAGUAGUGAAGUCAAAGAUCGUAUCUUUGAUGAAUUCAACAGUCUCUCUGUUGUGUAUCAGAAGCCGUCAUACAUGUUCACUGAUAAGGAACAUAGUGGGCCAUUUGCAUUCUCGGAAGAACUUGGUAAUCUGUCAAUUGACACAGAAUUGGCAGAUAAUGUAGUUCCUGCUCAGAGAGUUGAGGCAAACGACAAGGAUUUGCUGUUGAGUACUUCAGAGAAGGAAGAGAAUCAUGGUUCUAUUAACAGUUCUGCAUAUAAUGCUCCAUCAUAUGAUGGUUCGAGGAUGGUAGGUGAUUUACAGGCUCAACAAGACCUUGUAUCUUUAGACCAACUACCUCCAGCAAACACGCCUGCCAGCUUGGCAAUUGAUGACCUACUUGGCUUAGGAUUGCCAGUUGCGCCUAGUCCUACUCCUCCGCCUCCAGCUUUCAAGCUUAAUGAUAAAGCUGUUCUAGAUCCCAACAGUUUUCAGCAGAAAUGGCGCCAACUUCCAGUAGCCACAUCACAGGAAAUAUCCAUGAACCCAGAAGGAGCUUUUGCAUUGUCAAGUCCUCAGGUUCUUCUUCGACAUAUGCAAGGUCAUUCCAUCCAAUGCAUUGCUUCAGGUGGUCAAGCCCCGAACUUCAAGUUCUUUUUCUUUGCACAAAAAGAGGGCGAGCCUUCUACUUAUCUUGUGGAGCCUUCUCAGCAUUAUUUCAAUCGGCUUUGGCUGAAUUUGGUUUGCCUUAGGGAUCAAAAUUGGAGAAAAUUGAUACAGAAAAACUUGCAUACCAAGAGAGAGAGCCUCCUAAAACCCAAAUGA